AUGGCCGUGGCACAGAAAGCCGCUGAUUUGUUAGCCUCAUUCCCCGAGGUCUCCGUCUACCGAUGGUCCUGCGACGACACCUCGCGCCGCUUCGCUGUAGAAAAUCCAGCGACAGGAAAGACCAUCACCACCAUCCAAGCGGGCAACGUCGAAACCACCAACGCUGCCAUCGAAGCGUCCCAAGCAGCGUUUGUCGGCUGGAAAGCACGCGCGCCGCAAGACCGGUGUGGCUUUCUCCUGCGCGCAUCCGACGAGCUCCAGAAGAACGCACAGGAGCUGGCACUCCUGUUGUGUCUCGAGAAUGGAAAGCCAUUCAAAGAUGCGAUAAUCGAUGUAUUCUUCCUGAUUCAAGUAUUCAAAUAUUUCGGGUCGAUCGCCGAUAAAUUGCCAUCGGAAUUCUUUGAUCAGGGCAAUGUCUACUCAACCAUCAUCUACGAGCCACUAGGUGUAUGCGCGGGUAUCAUCCCAUUCAACUGGCCUCCCAUUCACGUUGGUGGAAAACUGGCGCCUUGUUUGGCAGCGGGAAACACGAUGAUUCUGAAGCCUGGUGAACAAGCCCCUCUAACUGCCAUUCGCAUCGUGGAAAUUCUACAGACUAUCUUCCCUCCGGACGUGGUUCAAGUCGUCCCUGGGUUGGGACCAGAGGUACCCCAGGCACUCGUCAACCACAGACUGGUAAAGAUGGUCUCCUUUACGGGGUCAUCGCCCGUUGGAGCGAAAGUGGCAUCGGCUGCUGGAUCCUCUCUCACGGCUACGGCUCUCGAGCUGGGUGGCAAGAACGCCUUCGUUGUGUUUGACGACGCGAACAUUGAUGUCGCAGUACGUGACGCCGUUGAGGGCGCGUAUUUCAACAAGGGCGAGGCCUGCACCGCAUCCUCCCGAAUCCUUGUUCACCAGAGUCUCUACCCAGCAUUUGUCGAAAAAAUGGCCGCUGCCGUGUCGAAACUGCGGGCCGGUGACGGGGUUGACGACGCGACCCACGUUGGUCCAGUGGUCUCGCGAGAGCGCAAGGAGCAAAUCUUGGCCGCGAUUAAUUUGGCUAAGAGCCAGGGUGCCCGGUUGGCUGCUCAAGGUAUCGUCACCAGUGACGGGGAUGGCUUUUUCGUGGCCCCUACGCUGUUCACCGACGUAAAAACUGAGAUGGCCGUCGCCGUGGAGGAGAUUUUUGGUCCUGUUGCAUGCGUUAGUGCCUUUGAGACCGAGGAUGAAGCUGUGGAGAUUGUCAAUGCCUCCCGAUAUGGUCUCUUCGCAGGUGUUUAUUCGACCGAUUUCAGCCGUGCCAUGCGGGUCGCCCGACGCGUCGAAGCCGGUGUCGUCUUGGUCAACAACUACUUCCGUGGUGUGCUAGGAACACCCUUCGGAGGUGUGAAAGACAGUGGUCAUGGUCGUGAACACUGGAUUGGGACAUUGCGGGAAUGGAGCCAAAUCAAGAACAUUCGCUACCCCAGUGGUUUGGGAGGACCGUUGCCCCAGUGGAGGGCCAUUCCGGAGAUUUUCCAGCAGGACGGAGCAGAGUAG